AUGAAUUGCAGCGUCUUCUCUUAUUAUGUUGAAUAGACAUUGCCAAAUUAUGUUCAAUAGAAAUUAGAGGAAUGUUUUGUAUAAUUGAGUAAUAAUUAAAACAUAAUAAUGUGUGUUGACAAGAUAUGUGAAUAGAUUGAAUUUUGUCGGAAAUUAUGUAAUCGAUUAUAAGCACAAAAAUAAAUAUUCACGUUGAUAAAAUUAUUGGAACAUCAAAUAUAUCCGAUAAAAGAUGCUGAAAAAAAUAAUACAUAUCUGCUAUCCCUACAGGAUGUAUAUGUAUUUCAAAUAAUACUCAGAAUGCUUUGUAUAAUGAUUUAAUUUGAAUCAAAAAAAUAUCAUGAUAAUUUUGAUGAUGAUUAUACAGAAAAGUAUGUAAUAUUUAAUAAAUUUUAGAUUUAGUAACGAUUUAGUCAAGGGUUUCUUAAUAUUAAGAACUAAUUAAGCAAACUAAUUAGACUAGUAAUUAUUAGAGAUGUUCCUAAAACUAAAAUCAAGAUCUAUACUAUUUUACAAGUAUUUGAUAAAAUGGAGUGAAUAAUUUUAAUUGAAAAAUUGUUUUUCAUCAUUACGAAAAUUAAAAUUGCAAUUAAAAAAAAGACAGACAGAGCAAAUGAUAGAAAAAAGACGUUAAAUUGAUACAAUUAAAUAAGAAUAUAAAGAAGAGUGCUCCAAUUCAUUUUAUGAAUAGAAUGAUUUUAGAAUAAAAGAUAAAAGGCUAUAAAUGAUUAUGAAUGUAAAAUAACCAAAAUAAGAACAGCAAUUCAUAUCAUUUUAAGAUAUCUUAAGAUAGAAAGAAAACACUAAAUUUAUUAAUACUACAGAAUCCACAUUAAGCCGCCCUUCUUUGAAUAAAAGAACAAUAAAUGGUGGAAUUAAUGGAAAAUACAAAGUAUUUAAUUAUAUGAAAUAUCAAGUUAGGGAAUGAGAUAAAAGUACUAAGAAAGACUACCUCCUCAAGCAGUAAAAAAAAUAAUAAAGCUGAAAUGCAACCAUUUUAAAUUUUAUAAUAAUAAUACUAAUUAGAAUUUUGCAAAGAGGUGAGUAGGAAGCUUUUGAAAUUAUAGUAGAAGAAGUAAAUGAAUUGGAACAGUGAGUAUUUGGCUGCUGAUACGGAAUCUGAUAGUUGUUUUAAUUGA